UCCACCUCCAGAUGCGAUAGCUUGGAUGAAAACUUCCAGCAGGAGUCUUGCCAACUGGAACCACCCCCCGAACACAAUUAAACGAUUCCUAUAUAAAUAUGAAAUGGUGCAAAGCACAGACAUUUACUUCUUCUUGGGCUUUUAAAGGGAAAGGAGUAGUCUGCUUGUAAUUUCUUAAAACACAUUAUGUUUCAAUUCGCAAUUGUUUUGAUUUGCAUCAUAUUGCUGCCUACUUCAGAAUCAAAAUUGGUAUUAGUCCUGACACCGAAAAAUCCCAUGGCUCGAGUCGGCGAAAGACUGGUCCUGACUUGCAGCGCAAGCGAAUGCGCGGGUGAUGUGACGUUCAGAUGGCAAUCCUUGAAAGACAGACCGCUCUACGGUCGAAUGGAGAAAAACAACACAGCGUCUCAACAGAUUUUUGACCCGGUGGGAAUGCAGCACGAGGGCAAGGUCAGCUGUUUGGCUACCUGCGCGGAUCCAAAAGACCAGGCUCAAAGGUCUGCUUCAGUGGAAGUUUAUGCGUUCCCAAAGGAUCCCAUCAUAUCUGGAAGUGAACUUUUGACGGAGGGUCAGGACAGUGACCUCACCUGUACAGUCCCAGAUGUGUACCCAGCUGACCGUCUAAAAGUGCAGUGGCUGCUGGGAGAUAAAGUUCUGAAGGACAACAAAGCUGUGAACCCUGUGGUUAAAGGUGAAGCCCAGACGGUGACCUCAGUGUUGAAAUACAAACCGACAGCCCAGGACCAUGGACAGAAUGUUACAUGCAGAGCCACGCUGGAUAUUAAGACUGAACCGGAAACCAGAGAGACUGUUGCCUCAAUCACAGUUCAAUCACCUUUCAUUGUAAGCCUAACCCUGGAGAACACAGUCCAUCAUAUCGGUGACACCCUUAAAUUGAUCUGCGUCACGAUUGGCUGCCCAGACACUGUGUCAUUCACAUGGAGCCCCUCGAUUGGCGGGUCAGCCGAGGACCAAUCACACGGCACUGGGCUCUUGACCCUUAAACCUGUGACGAUGGAGCACAAAGGCCCGGUGGUGUGUAACGCCACCUGCAGGGCUUCUGGAGAAUACAGGCAGGCGUCAAUCGACCUGGAGGUUUAUUCCUUCCCAAAGGAUCCCAUCAUAUCAGGGAGUGAACUUUUGACGGAGGGUCAGGACAGUGACCUCACCUGUACAGUCCCAGAUGUGUACCCAGCUGACCAUCUAAAAGUGCAGUGGCUGCUGGGAGAUAAAGUUCUGAAUGACGACAAAGCCGUGAACCCUGUGGUUAAAGGUGAAGCCCAGACGGUGACCUCAGUGUUGAAAUACAAACCAACAGCCCAGGACCAUGGACAGAAUGUUACAUGCAGAGCCACGCUGGAUAUUAAGACUGAACCAGAAACCAGAGAGACUGUUGCCUCAAUGAAUAUUCGAACUCCGCCCAGGUACCUGUCCGUGGAGGUGUUUCCGUCUACGAAGGUGGAGGAGGGGCAGAACGUGUCCCUCCGGAUCUGGGCAGUGGGAGUCCCGCUCCCUUCCGUCACCCUGAUUAGGCUACAGGACAGCGUGGAGCCACACUCCCCCAACGGGACCCUCAACCUAAUCGACAUGGGCCCAGUAGAGACGGGCCAGUACCUGCUAAAACUAAACAACUUGGGCCCGGAACAGACGGGCCAGUACCUCCUAAACCUAACCAACGUGGGCCCAGAUCAGAUGGGCCAGUACCUGCUAAACCUAAACAAUGUGGGCCCAGAUCAGAUGGGCCAGUACCUGCUAAACCUAAACAACUUGGGCCCGGAACAGACGGGCCAGUACCUGCUCAACCUCACCAAUGAAGUGGGACACCAGAGCCACCAUUUCAGCCUUAGUGUUCAAAGUAAAACUCGACUGGUUGGACCCGACUGGUACCAUCCGAAGACUGUCGUCAUACCUGCCGUGGGUUUAGUUUCCAUAGCGACAGCUGCCGGGUUUCUCAUACGAUUCCUGAAAAAGAGAAAUUCAUAUGAAACAUCCAGGGUGGUAUAGACUCUACUCUUGGAGGUCUUGUGUGGCUCAGUUGGAAGAGCAUGGAAUCCACGGAAGGACAGAAACAAAAAAGUGCUGCAUGUAAAUGUAUCCAGCCAGGAUAUGCUUGAAAUAAGGGAAGGGAAAUAUUCUCAUCCUUGGUCCGCAAAGGAACAUUUGUACACUGGAAUAAUUCAAUUCUUAUGUUGAAGCUCCCAGUUGAGGUCAAUUGGAAUCAAAGCCACUCCUAUGGAGAUGGAUUUCUAUCAAAAUGUUGCGAGUCACAAAUACAUAAUGCAACUGUCAAAUAACAUUACUGUCAACAAAUAUGCGUUUACAUUUUCACAAACAUAUGUUGAAAUCCCAAAACAAAGUUAAUCGUUAACAAAAACAAAGGUUGAUUAUCAAAUAAAUGUAAGAUAAUUAUUUAUUUUCAAAGUUUUGUGAAUGUCACAGCAUUGUGCUUCAACUCUGGUUGCUUAUUUGUUUUGUAAAAGCACUUUGUGACAACUGCUGAUGUAAAAUACUUUAUAAAUACAUUUGAUUUAUUGAUUAAUUUGUCAUCAACAUUCUACAGAUUUGUGACUUUCAUUACAUUUGUGAGUGGCCUUACAUAUUUGUGUACUGUUCUGCCUAUUUAUGAGUGCUGCUACAUAUUUGUGAGUGGCAUUUAAGAUCAGUUGGUCAAGGAAUCCAGAUUUGGACCUCCUUACUUCUGGUUAUACUUAGUCUCCAGAAACCAAAUAUGUUUAACCUCAGAGUUCCAGAAUUUGAUGAUGACAUUCCAUCCACAGCUGCCCAAAAACACCAUGCUGCUUACUGAUUAUCCAUCUCAUGUCUGAUUUCAACUGGUAAAAAUGAUAUUAGCAAACUACUAAUGGCAUUAAUACUGGUAAAAGGUAUACUGAAUAUUAAUGACUGCUAUGCGUCCUGUAUGUCGCCUCCUGUUUGUAAGGAAGCGCAAAAGAAAAUGACUGGUCUGGAUGUAAGAAAAACAAUAAAAUGUUUACACCUUUCAAC